UCCGUGCAAACUGCCGGGAGGGCGGCGGGAAAAGGGCAAGACGGGAGUGGGGAAAGGGAAGGAUCCAGGAAGCCGCGCGGGAGGGCGCGCGCGCGCGCCCCUUUUUCAGCAGUGUGGCGGGGUCGCACGCACGCCCGCCUCGGCGGCUGGGCGCGGUUUGCGACAGUGGGGGGAGUGGUGGAGGUGGCGGCGGCAGUGGCAACUUUGCGGCAAGCUCCGGACGGGCUUGCUUGACGGCGGUGUGGCGGAGGCCCCGCCCUAGGCGGCAGGAACCUGGAGGGAGGCGGAGGAAUAUGUCCGAGAGGGAAGUGUCUACAGCGCCGGCGGGAACAGACAUGCCUGCGGCCAAGAAGCAGAAGCUGAGCAGCGACGAGAACAGCAACCCGGACCUCUCUGGAGACGAGAAUGAUGAUGCUGUCAGUAUAGAAAGUGGUACAAACACUGAACGCCCUGAUACACCUACAAAUACGCCAAACGCGCCUGGAAGGAAAAGUUGGGGGAAGGGAAAAUGGAAGUCAAAGAAAUGCAAAUAUUCUUUCAAAUGUGUAAAUAGUCUCAAGGAAGAUCAUAAUCAACCAUUGUUUGGAGUUCAGUUUAACUGGCACAGUAAAGAAGGAGAUCCAUUAGUGUUUGCAACUGUAGGAAGCAACAGAGUUACCUUAUAUGAAUGUCACUCACAAGGAGAAAUCCGGUUGUUGCAAUCUUAUGUGGAUGCUGAUGCUGAUGAGAACUUUUACACUUGUGCAUGGACAUAUGAUAGCAAUACAAGCCAUCCUCUGCUGGCUGUAGCUGGAUCUAGAGGCAUAAUUAGGAUAAUUAAUCCCAUAACAAUGCAAUGCAUAAAGCACUAUGUUGGCCAUGGAAAUGCUAUCAAUGAGCUGAAAUUCCAUCCAAGAGAUCCAAAUCUUCUCCUGUCAGUAAGUAAAGAUCAUGCUUUACGAUUAUGGAAUAUCCAAACGGACACUCUGGUGGCAAUAUUUGGAGGUGUAGAAGGGCACAGAGAUGAAGUUCUAAGUGCUGAUUAUGAUCUUUUGGGUGAAAAAAUAAUGUCCUGUGGUAUGGAUCACUCUCUUAAACUUUGGAGGAUCAAUUCAAAGAGAAUGAUGAAUGCAAUUAAGGAAUCUUAUGAUUAUAACCCAAAUAAAACUAACAGGCCAUUUAUUUCUCAGAAAAUUCAUUUUCCUGACUUUUCUACCAGAGACAUACAUAGAAAUUAUGUCGAUUGUGUGCGAUGGUUAGGUGAUUUGAUACUUUCCAAGAGUGGCCGUGCCAUUUUACAUUCCCACCAGCAAUGUAUGAAAGAUCCAGUGUCUUCGAAUCUUCGCCGGCAUUUGUCUUGUGAAAAUGCCAUUGUAUGCUGGAAACCUGGUAAAAUGGAAGAUGAUAUAGAUAAAAUUAAACCCAGUGAGUCUAAUGUGACUAUUCUUGGGCGAUUUGAUUACAGCCAGUGUGACAUUUGGUACAUGAGGUUUUCUAUGGAUUUCUGGCAAAAGAUGCUUGCAUUGGGCAAUCAGGUUGGCAAACUUUAUGUUUGGGAUUUAGAAGUAGAAGAUCCUCAUAAAGCCAAAUGCACAACACUGACUCAUCAUAAAUGUGGUGCUGCUAUUCGACAAACCAGUUUUAGCAGGGAUAGCAGCAUUCUUAUAGCUGUUUGUGAUGAUGCCAGUAUUUGGCGCUGGGACCGACUUCGAUAAAAUACUUUUUCUCAAUCAAAAUUAGAGUGUGUUUUCUGUGUACAGUAGAACUAACGUACCUUGCUAGUAAGGGCACAUAGAGCAUUUAGAGUUGUCUUUCAGCGUUCAAUCAAGCUGAGCUGAAUGUAGUGAUGUUUACAUUGUUUACACUCUUUGUACUGUCUCCUGCUCAGACUCUACUGCUUUUAAUAAAAAUUUAUUUUUGUAAAGCUGUGUUGUAUUUUAGUUUAUUUUGUUUUGUUCAUUGUGAUGAAAAGAAAUGUUGAAAGUAAUAA